UUUGUGCAAACGAAAAGCAACCUACUAAAAUAAUUGAAGCAGAUAAUUUAAACCGUUUCCUAAAUAUUGAAAUUAUUAUGGAGCAAAAUGUACAAAAAUGUGUGGUUGCUUAUUUUAAGUAUUUAGCUAAGCAUAACCAACUUAGCAAAAGUGUUAAUGAAAGUUGCACUUCAACUCUAAAUCGUACACUUGCAAAAUGUCGUCAUUUAGCUUUAAUGAAAAAGGCUGUACAGAGUGUAAAUGAAGAUGAAAAUCAUUUAAGAAAGCGAUUGAUAUAUUCUCUGUUAUUGGAAAUAAAUGAUUUAGUGUGUUCUGUUCAGAAGUUAACGUCAACAUUAGAAAAAUCAACAGCGGAACUAAGAAAUAAAUUCAAUGAGUUUGAGCAAUCAGUGAAAGAUUAUGAUUUUCCAGAAAAUAGCAUCCUUACAAUGGGAAUUCUUUGCAACCUUCACUAUCAGAAUUAUUGGAACUUGCAAAUGAUUCUUGGACAUAUUAUGAAGCGUACAUAGGUGAAAUACAAAUUAGUUUACAAAUUGCAAAUUUAACUAAAGAAGCUGAAAUAGAAAAUAUAUUAGAAAUAUUAAAAAGAAAUUUGAAUGACAACGAUAUUGAUGAUUUCAUAGCGAUAACUCAGUUUUGUGAGCAGGUUGAUGUGAGUACCACAUAAU